GUCUUAUUAUCAUGCUACAAUUGGGCGUAAGACAGAUGCCCCCACUGUUCAACUGUUCAUCGAGUUCAGCCACCAGUACCUUUUUACUCCUCAGUUACACAAUUUCACUAUUUGUCACCACAAGCCAUUUCAAUAUGGGAAAUAUCACAGAGAGUUUUGGUUUGACCAAGAAACAGGUUAUGGAUCCAUGCACCAGGGAAAGAGAUGACUUCAACCUAAGAAAACAACUAGAUAAACUUGUUUCCUCUUGUGGCCAACCAGAAUUGAAGCUGAAGCAUGAGGACAGUAUCUCAAGUGAGUCAGACACUGUUUGUACAGUUGUAGACACCAAUGACACUCUUGCAAAGAUGCUGUCAAAAGUAGAUGAUUUUGUUGCAAGCUGUUCUGGUGAAGAUUUAAGGAGUUCAGUGGUGAAGGAAAUAAAGCACAGAUACAAUGCCAAAGUGAAAGCAUUUGUUUCAAAAACAACCAAUGCAAGUGCAUGAGCAUCAGAAAAGGCAAAACUAUACGACGAUAUUGAGUGGGAAACACUUAUUAGAAAAAGCGAGCUCGGUGAUCUUUAUGUCUCCCAGUUAGAUCUUUAUCUAAUCAAGAAUUUAAAUUUGACAAAGAAAGAGCGUAGCAGGAAAGGGUAUUCAAAAGCUGCAAAGGUUGAGGAUAUAAAGCAACAUUUUUAUUCCUCGUUCAGCCAAACUGAGAACAAGAAAGGGCAUGCAAGUGGCUCAGAAUGUCCAUCUGUCAUUGGGUCAACCUGUUGGCAAGAAAGAUACUGAUGAGGUUCCAUUGUUAAAUGUUUCUCCCUGGGGUGGGACAGUAAAUGCUGAAGGCAAGAAUGUUAUCCUAGCUAACACAUGUCCAAUUGACAACUUUUUAACAAUCUUUUAUGCACUAAUGAAGAUGCAUGGCAGUGCAUAUCAACAUUUGUCUGCUUCCACUCAUUUGUACGCCAGUGCACUUGUGAGAAUUUCCCGCCUGUUUGAUGCCGGAAAAUUUAGUGAAGGUAAAUGGGAAUGGCUAAAACUAUUUCCUGGUCGUUUUGAGUUGUCAGAAAGAAAUAAGGUUGACUUGUGGGGGAACGAAGAGGAAAUGUUUGUUUCUAGGCUGUAG